UUCCCUUGCAUAUCUAGCACUUCAUCGAGGAACCAUCAAGUCCAAAAAUAUGUUUGCGAACGUCGGAGCCCUCACGAUCACCAUCCUCGCGGCUCUCCCCACGGGCUUAGCCUGCUUGGGUUAUACCGGAGGACUGCCAAAGGCUACUUCCAACAAGGCGAUCUCUGCCCCAAUCUACGUCAAGUCCGGUGAAGUCUUUGAUGGCGGCUGGGCCAAGUACGAUAGGAAUCCCACCUCUUGCAGAAGCCAGCAAGAAGGAGGUGAGGCUGAUACCGCUUUCGUCCUCGAGAAAGGAGCUACUCUGCGGAAUGUCAUUAUUGGCAAGACUGCCGGUGAGGGCGUAUAUUGCCUGGGAGGCGGUUGCAACAUUGAGUUCGUCUGGUUCGAGGACGUUUGUGAGGACGCCAUCUCCAUCAAAGAGGACAAGGCCGGUGACGUGACCUGGAUUGUUGGCGGCGGUGCCUACCAUGCCUCCGACAAAAUCAUCCAACACAACGGCUGCGGCCGCGUCAACAUCAUCAACUUCUACGCCGAAGACUAUGGAAAGGUUUACCGUUCAUGCGGAACUUGUGGAAAAUGCGCUCGUGAGGUGUACAUCGAGGGUGUCACCGCUCGUAAGGGAGGCGAGGUGGCUGGAAUAACCAAGUCCAACGGGGACAAGGCCACGCUCGUCAAUGUUUGUACCGAUGCCAAAACCCCUUGCCAGAACUACAGUGGUCCCGGCGUUAAGGAUGGCGCUUGUUAGUUUGUAUUUCCAAUGCAGGAAGCGCUUGCUGGAUCAUAGUCAUGCUACCCAGUUCAUAGUUCGGAAGUAGAAUUUUUGCAGUUAGUUUCGGUAUGGGGGUGAACUCACAGAUGAGAAAGGGCUCGCUGGCUAGCAGAGUUUCUUCAAUUGUAACCGG